UCCCCAGCUUUACAUCACCAUGUACAAAGAGCAGUUUGCCUCUCCUGGCAGAGUGAAACGAGAACAACUUCGACCCACCUCUGCCCACCGCAGGAACAACCCCCAGCCCAGGCCGGACUUUCUGUUUCCCUGGAGUCUCCAGCCCAACUACAGAUCACGCCUCACACCACCACGCAACUCGCCCCCUGUGGACAUUGGCCGUCCUCUCUUUCCCCCUGUCAAACAUUUAUCAUUCCUCAGUCCAGUUACGACUUGUCCGGACAACUACCUAAACACUGUGGAUACAGGCAAACCAAACCACAUGCCCCCUGUCAAUCCAUCCACAGCACAAGCUCUGCCCUCUGCUGACGCCCUGCAGAAAGUACAGCUGACGGAGCCUCCUUCUGGCACUGGAUUUACGUCCCACUUGGCUUUGAAGAGGGAUUAUCAGAGGAACCUUCAUCCACUCUCAGCACAGCAACUCAGGCAACAUGCAGCUGCUCAGCUUCGGACAAGACCUCAAACCAGUAACCCUCAGCACCACUUCCUGCGCACACAAUACCGGAGGUCUUGCUCUCGUAGCAGCUGGGAUUUUAGCAGUGGGUGCUACAGCUGCUUCCACGUGGUGAAGCCCUACCAAGCUGGACACUACAUCAUACACCCAGAGUUUGUGUCCGAGUGCCUUCGUUAGGACUGUUAGAGCCCUGGCUUCCAAAGUGGGGAUCGGGGACCUGCAGAGGUCCUUGAGGGGAUCGUUAACUUCACUAUUGUUUAAUUCUCCACUAAUUAACCCAGUGAGACAAGGUGUAAGGAUGAAUAAUGUAACUGUAGGCUGCACUCUCACUACUAUUAUCUCCCUACAUACAGCUGGACACUUUUACAAUUCAGUGCUAAAUCAGCAGCUAAGAUCUUCCCAUAAGGGGCUUGUGGUGAUCAAAUCAAAUGAGGCACUGUGGCCCUAAUGUGUAUCAGUGUGUGACAUUAAAAUUUUAUCCCAUUGA